AUGUCGACAUCCAGGAGGACCCAGCACCUGAUGAUGGCAGGAAUGUGGCGCUCACUGCUAGCAACGCUGCUGGUCACCUCGGCAGCUGCCAGGGUGUUUGAGCCGACCCUCCUAUUCAAUCUGGACCUCGGCGACAUGAGCUCUGCGGUAACAUAUGUUCCCGACUUCAACCUACCACCCGAGAGGGCCUCGUGGAACACGACUUUCUCGGAAACACCCUCAUCAUACGUCGAGGGCAUGGUUGGCAAAGGAAGCGCUCUCCACAACUCGUACAUGGUAUCCAAGUUCCGUUUCACGCCUGUGGUCGGGCGCUUCAAUUUCGUCGGAUCGGGGUUUGUUGUCCGUGGAAGUGUGACUGGAGACUGGACCCCAGCAUCUUCCGACGUGAACCCCCUCCUUCCAUGGGUUUGCACCGUCAACAACUACGUUUUGCGGCUCACUCCACCGACCAAUGAUAUCCUUGUGCAGAACUCCACACUUCCAUUCGGAUAUCAGAAGAUAUGGAUGGCCCUUGAAUUUGGAAGCUGGUCACUGGGUGCGGUUACGAUAAUGACUGGCAUGGUCGCCGAGGCAACAAGCAUCGACAACGUGCCUACACGCGUCGAGUCCGUCGCCUCCAAAGGCAAGAUCAACCCCUUCUUCACCCACAAGGGCAAGUGGACAGUCUCCGAUCACAUUGGUGGAGUUGGGGGGCAAGACAGAAUCGCCUACGACCACGCCGUUGGCUCCUCCAACACUGGCGCCGAGCUCUCCGUCACUCUGCCUCCCAGGACAUCCUACAUCAUCAUCAACGGAACGACUGGCCCGACAUACGACAAACUGUACAUCAACAUUUCACCGGCGCCACCAUUGAACCCGGCUUCGUUCGCCUGGGUUACGACGAGGAACAAGUGGGUGUCAGACUCGAUCGUGUACGCGAUGCCAUUGGACCCCAGGGUGGUGUACAAUCUCAGCAUGGCACCGGCCCUCAACAGCUCAGUCGCCCUGCAUAGCAUCACACUGUACUCGGGUGUCGGUAUCGGGAAGAACAACGCGACUGCAUUCGAUGGCUUCGGCACUGUCGGCAUUGUGUGUUGA